AAAAGAUGAAGAGAUGGUAGACAGAGAGAAAAAUACAGAAGAAGAAGGAAAAGAGUGGAAAGAGGAAACAAACUACGAUCCAUCACCUCCAUCACCUCCAUCACCUCCAUCACCUCCAGCACCUCUACGAGCCUGUGAAAGUGCUGAAUCGCUGUGUCGUGCUGGUGCAGAAGCAGGAAUGGAAGCUCUCCGAGCCCCCACAGAAGAAGAGAAAGGCUCAGGCGCUGGGGAAGUUUAUCUCACAUCAGCGAGCGGCGACAAAGAGACAACACAAAGUCCGACGGACACAAAGUCUGAGGACGAUCGUCUGACUCUGAGAGUAGAGGAAGCGCAGAGUUUGGAGGAACAUGAGCGACUUGAAACCACGACGCUGACAUCAUUUCCUGCUCCAGGACAUCGAGGUGAAACAGACGCCGUCAUCCAGGGAAUUACACCUGACCUACAGACAGCUUGCAGGUUUGAGGAGAACGUGUCUCUGAUGGAUGCAGCUGCUGAGUCGUCGUCAGGAGCCGGAGGAGGAAGCAAAGAGCUCAGUCCCACGCAAAACUCAUCCAACCCUGUGAUGGACGUGAAGGAGGACCGAGGGGACAAAGAGAAAGGAGGUCCAAACUCUGACGAUAUGAACGACGAGACUGAAGACAAGAAGAACGACAGCCGCCAAUCGUCAAAGUACCAAACUGUGUCCUACAGGAGGAUCCGCAGAGGGAACACCAGACAGAGGAUUGAUGAGUUUGAGGCCAUGAUGGACUCGUGAUCGAACCUGAAAUAUGCUUGAGGAUGAUAGCAGUAACAUUUAGAGAAAAGUAGUGGACCCAGGAUAGAGCCUUGUGGUGCGCCAUAAUGUCUGUUCCGUAAUUUUUCAAAUUCUGUGAGUGAAAGGCGCUAAAUAAAUAAAAUGUAUUUGUUUAUACAGUAGCAAAAGGCUCAACUUUGAAGUCUCAGCUAACAGCACACUCCCUUUUUAAUUUCCCUGUCCUGGUUUCCUCUCGGGGUCCCAAUUCUCCAGUAUUUCUCCACAUUUUCACAUCUUUUACUUGUUUCGGGCACUGCACGGCGCGUGUUUCGGGCACUGCACGGCGCGUGUUUCGGGCACUGCACUGCGCGUGUUUCGGGCACUGCACUGCUCGUGUUUCGGGCACUGCA